AUGAUGAGCUCUGCAUCGUGGAAUGCGCAGGAUCAGGCCAUGGCUGCCGCGGCUGAGGACGACUUCCAGCAGUUCCUCGACAUUACCGCCAUGGCCAACAUGGGCGACGGCAUGCAGUUCGACUUCCAGGGCUUUCCGGACGACGGCUCGCAUUCCAUCAUGGGCCAGCAUCGCCAGACCACCGACGCCAUCAUGGGCGACACGGACCCCUCGAGCAUCAUCGCCCGAAGCGACGGCCUUUUGCAAAACCACACGCCCGCCAUGGCGCCUAUGCCCUCUCACAUGAUGGCGCCGUCCGCCUCGCGUGAGGCCAUCUCCAACAUCGACGCCCAGAUUCAGUACCUGCAGCAGCAAAAGUUUCAGCAGCAGCAGCGCCAGCUGCAGGAGCAGCAGGCGACCUUCUUCGUCAAUCACAGCCACUCGGUGCCCCCGACGCCCCAAAGCCUGGAGAUGACGCCCGGCAGCGCACAGUUUUACUCGCAGCCCGAGCAGAUGCCGUCAAGAGGGGCUUAUGACAGGAAUUACCAUCAGAGGAUGGCCGAGCAAGAUAUGGCAUUUACACCUCUCGUCUCACCUGCCGUCACUCCCCUGGAUCCUCACUUCAACAUGGAGAGCGCCUUUACGGUCCCCGGAGCCUACUUUAGCCCCCUGACUUCGCCGGCUCUCCAUGCUCAGAACGAUUCCUCCUCCAACUACGACCACACCACCCACUCCAACAACUCCCCAGUGGAGAUGGACCUCGAGCAGCCGGCCGUCCCAGCCGUGACCCUGGACCUUUCCAACAAGAAGACAAGAAAGACACAGGCCGCCAAGGCGAGGAAGCCAAGCGUCAAGAGCUCGCCCAUCUCCAAGCCGAUCAGGCGCAAGACUGGCCCCAGCCCGGCCAUGGUAUCACAGGUGCUGAGCGAGGUGGAGGAGAGGAACCUGCAGGCCAGCGAUCACGGGCUGCUGCCCUUACCCGCUGCCUCUACCGACGGAUCGGACGAGAAUGCCUCUGUGUCGCCUGAGAACCUCUCGGAAAUGCCCCCUCCUCCCGUGCCGGCCAGGCGCUCGAUGAGCAAGUCACCCUACAUACGGCCCCAGACUAACAUACAGUCCAUUCAUGCACCCGCCCUGCUUGAUGAAAUGCACCCUCCUCAUCCUGCCACGCCCGCUUCCCUGAUGAAACUGCCGGCGUCCAAGACAAAGAAACUGUCGACAAAUCUUCAAGAGCCCACGCUGUCCGACAACAUCGAGUCGCUUGAACUCCCUGAAUCAAUAUCCAAUCCCCCGCUCGCUGCCGAUCUUGCCGACGCUCAACUCGGUACUCAGACCCCUCGGCUCGAGCCGAACAUGUCUUCCAAGGGGGUGACGUUUCAGUCUAUGCCGUCACCAGUCGUCCGCGCCACGGGAACAUCGUCGGCAAAUCAGAGCCCUCUCUUGCUGCCGGGGGCGUCCGGCUCGAGCCAGCGAAGAACGCCGCAGCUUUCGGCGAGAAAUAGCCGCAAGAGGUCGACGGGGUCGAUUCAUGCCUCUCCGGCUCUGCUGCCCAGGAUUUCACCCAAUAUCAAGCCCCUGCUUCCCGGUACUCCUGGCAUGUCUGUAGAAGACCAUGCAUCGCGACUGUUGAUGUCCAAGUCGAACUACCAAAAUAUUCUGGAGGGCAACCAAGUCCCUGGCGUGUCUUAUCCAAGCGAAUUGUCCACAAAUCUCACGUCGAAGAGGACGUCACACAAGAUUGCCGAGCAAGGCCGUCGAAACCGCAUCAACUCGGCCCUGCAAGUCAUGGCCAGUCUGCUCCCGGAGAGCAAGAACAAGGUCGUUUCGGGCGACGACAGCGAUAAGAAGGACGGCAAGCAAUCCAAUGCGUCCAAUAGCAAGGCCAGCGUCGUGGAAAACGCCAUUGUUCACAUGAAGAAUCUGGAGAAGGAGAAUGUAGACUUGAAGUCUGAGCUGCAGGCAUUGAAGGAGCAGCUCGAGAAACUGAAGGGGCCCGACGGCGGUUCCGAAGGGAGCACUGCGACCCCGGUCGACGACAAGAAGCUGCCAAAAAUAAACGAGGAACUGGGCGGCAGCCCCGAUGCCCAGGGAGAUACCAAGAUGGACACGGCCGCGCCGACGGUGGGCGAGCCCGAGGAGGGCAGCUGA